AUGCAAGGAUUCAGGAGUUACAAUCCAGCGGAUGAUCGCGACGGUCUCGUUUUGGAUCUGAUCCAACAACAGCAACAAUAUGCAAGGGCAGCUGUAGCUGCAAACAGUUCACCACCGCCUUCACAGCAACCGGGGUCGCGGUGUAAUAAUAAUAUGCUCCAGCGCGCGCCCGCCUCGCCUGUCUUGAGUGUUUCUAACGGCGGCGAAUGCUCAUCGCCCACAGCCGAUAUGGGACAACAUCAACAACAAAUGACUUCUGCCCAUCAGCAACAACAACAGCAGGCGCCUUUGGAUCCGUCGGUCAGGAGAUAUCGCACUGCCUUCACAAGAGAUCAACUUGCAAGACUUGAGAAAGAGUUUUAUAAAGAAAAUUAUGUAUCCAGACCGCGAAGAUGCGAACUUGCGGCGCAGCUAAAUUUACCGGAAUCUACCGUUAAGGUAUGGUUCCAGAAUCGUCGUAUGAAAGAUAAACGACAACGUAUAGCGGUAGCGUGGCCAUACGCCGCGGUUUACUCGGAUCCGGCGUUUGCCGCGAGUAUUUUGCAAGCUGCCGCUUCUUCUGUUGCGAUGCCAUACGGUUAUGCGGGACAUCACGCGACGGGACUGCCGCCUUACAUUCCACCGCCGGCUUGUUGCCGCACCAUUUGCCGCCAGGAUACGGUUACCGCUAUCCCGUCUAUCAGCAACGAACGGUGCCGACAGUUCCCGCCGUUCCUCAAGUAA